AUGUACAUAUUUGAAUUUGCUGCCUAAAACCUUAGAACCCUUGAUAUAUUUGGAAUGGAUGUUCAUCUCUUAAGUUAAGGAUCAAAAACACAUAAAACGUAUACUGGAGGAACUGCCUCUAUCUUAAUUUUAUCUGUUCUCAUAUAUUCAUUCUACUUAUUUAUCUUAUAAAUGAAUGAAGGAAAAAACGCUAUUCUCAAUAGACAAGAGGCUCUCCUUUAAAAUAAUGAAGUAAUAUAUAUAUAUAUAAUUAAGGGUUACACAUUUGAUUCAAAAGACUUCAUUUUUGUAGCUGGACUAUUAGAUGGAGGAGGAUAACCAAUAAUAAAUAAGAAUAAUAGUAUUUAUUCUGUUACGUUCUAUUUUUGUAAUAAAUCUAUAUCAGACACAUAAUGUACUUAUUUUCCUAGUACUAUUUGUGGUGACAUAAUCAGUGAAUUAUCAAAAGUAAAAUGAAAUUAAAUCUGUUUUAGAAUAUGGGAAUACCCGAAGAUUACUAGUAUAUUAGUUAUUGCUUUGAUCACUAGAAGGCUGAGGAUUUUAAAACAAUUAGAUUAUAAGGGUCUUUAAGAAUGGAUAAUUUUACAUUAUUUGGAGCAUUACUUAAUAAAUGUGUAAAUAGUACAGAAAAAAAUGGUAAUUUCCUUUCCUAUUUUUAGAUUGUGCAUCACAAGAACUUAUUGAUUAAUAAGUAACAAACUCAGUUUUCUAUUAUUCUUACACUCAUUAUUAAUUUAGAAAGGAUUUAAAUAAUUAACCAUAUUAAACUAUGUAAAAUUUUGAUGUUACAACUCUGUAUCCAAAACUAAAAAAAUACAUUAAAGUCUUAUACUCUUAUAGUGUUUCAUAUCUAGAGUACAAUCCUUUCUAUUUUUUUCCUUAAACAACUGGAUACUAAUCUUUAGAAUAUGAUUAAUCAAUAAUUGAUCCUAUUAUUAGUUCAGAUAAAGAUACCUAACUUGUUUAAAUAGAAUUACAUUUAGGUGUAAAAAAAUAUAUUAGUCAGGUUACAUAUUAAACAUUGAUGGAUGUAGCUGCAAAAAUAGGUGGAUUUUUUACUAUACUUAAAAUUUGUGUUUCAAUAAUCUUAUAUCCUCUAUAGUUAUGGUAAUAUAAAUUAUAUUUAAUUAAUUGUUAUUUAAAUAUUAAAAAAGGAGGCAGCACUCAAUCACUAACAAAUUUGAUGGAAGAUGAUAAACUUAAUUUAUUAUCAGUAUUUUUUAUUAAAAAAAAGAGAGAUUUUUAUUAUGAGUAAAAUCGAAUAAUAGACAAAUUAUUAGAUGUUGUAGAAAUAGCAUUUAAUCCAUUAAGAUUAACACGGCAAGUCGAAGAUUUAUAAUAUUUUGUCAAAUAAUUUGAUGUUUCAAAAACAAAGAGGUAUCGAUUAGAUGAAAAUGAUCAUGAAUAAAUAGAUAUUAAAAGUAUUAGCCGUUCAAUUAAUUAAGAAUUUGAAUAUUAAAGUGGAUAAUAAAAAAUAUUACCUAGAAUAAGAGUUAAUAUGGGAAGUCAUUGA